UCGCGGGCACGCGUAGGAUAAAAACAUCUGAUAUCAUUUGACUAAUUCAGGUUGGAAUCCAUACUAGAUAUCCAGCUCCAGACGCCUUGAACUGACCUCCUGUGCCUCCUGCCCAGUUCAUUCUCCCUCAUUGUACCACCAGCACCGUAGAUUGCAAUGCGUCUUAUCAUCCGCGACGACCCUGCCGCUGUCGGCGACUACGUCGCCAAUUACAUCGCCAAACGCAUUAACGAGUAUGCCCCGACCGCUGCCAAACCUUUCGUGCUCGGCCUCCCAACCGGCUCUUCCCCUAUCCCAACUUACAAGGCCCUUAUUAACAAAGUCAAGGAGGGCAGCUUGUCAUUCAAGCACGUCGUCACCUUUAACAUGGACGAGUAUGUCGGCCUUCCUCGCGACCACUCCGAGUCCUAUCACACAUUCAUGUUCCGCGAGUUUUUCUCCCAUGUCGAUAUUCCCCCUUCUCAAGUGAAUAUACUGGAUGGGAACGCUGAGGAUUUGAUCGCUGAAUGUAACGCAUACGAGUCCCGCAUCAAGCAAUAUGGCGGUAUCGAGCUCUUCCUGGGUGGUAUCGGAGAGGAUGGUCAUAUCGCAUUUAAUGAGCCUGGUAUGUCUCGUCCCUUUCGCCACCUCACUUUCCUCUGUCCCUUUGACGUUGAAUCGAUUGUGUCUUCUCUACCGUUUUCUUCUUGCUUUCAUCAGUUGAAUAAUCCCCUUUCCAUCACAGGCUCGUCCCUCGCAUCCCGAACCCGCAUCAAGACACUCGCUUACGAUACCAUCCUCGCUAACGCCCGCUUCUUUAACAACAAUGUUGCCGCUGUCCCCCGCAUGGCUCUUACAGUCGGUGUUGCAACUGUGCUCGAAGCAAGGGAAGUCGUGGUUGUGGUCACGGGCCAGAGGAAGAGCUUGGCUCUUAGCAAGGCAAUUGAGGACGGCGUCAACCACCUUUGGACACUCUCGGCGUUGCAGCUCCAUCCUUGGGCGUUGAUUGUAGUCGAUGAAGAUGCUACUGCUGAGCUGCACGUCAAAACGGUGAAGUAUUUCAAGUCGAUUGAACGCGUGCAAGAUGAAGUAGAGCAACGGCAGGAAGAGCUGAAGGCGAGAGGCCGGACAGAGCAUCAAGGGCAGGUUGGCAGCAUGGAGUGACUUUGUCUGCGCGUAUGAGCUACGGAAUAGAGCAGAACAGGAAAUAAAGAUAUUUGAUGUUUUAUCAGACUCCUAAUAAUCUUAACCGUCCGUUAUGCCCCCAUAACGGAGGUUGUGGCGCGCCGCAA